GAAGUUAGGUGAGGUACUGACGUGUACCUAUCAAUUGAGCUAUAUCAAAUAUAACGACAGUAGGCUUUAAUUUACAAAUACAGAAGAAAGAUGGCAUCUGAACUGUUAUGCAUCGAUACUGAGGUCAUUUAGCAAAUGAACAGAAGAGAUUUGAAAAUAUAUUUUUAUUGGUGAAAAGUGUUUUGUUUUUAAUAUUUAAAAACUAAAAUGUCAGAAAAGCAAAAAAUUUUAUUAUGCGGUGAUGUUGAAGGAAAAUUUGAUACCUUAUUCAAAAGGGUAGAAAGUAUUAAUAAGAAAUCUGGACCGUUCGAUUGCCUUUUGUGCGUGGGAAACUUUUUUGGAAUUAACAACAGGCAGUUUAUUUCAUAUAAACUUGGAGACAAAAAGGUCCCAAUACCCACAUACAUACUAGGAGCAAAUAAAGAAGAUCAUGUCACAGAGUAUCCAGCAGAUGAUUCCCAGUUUGAAUUAUGCCCCAAUGUUUACUACCUAGGAAAACGUGGAAUCUAUACUGACAGUAAAGGUGUAAAAAUUGCUUAUAUUAGUGGAAUAGCAGAAACAAAUUCUAAAAAAGCUUGGACAUAUUCUGAAAAAGAUAUAUCUGAUCUCUGUGAUGUUGUUUAUAGAAAUCCGAGUUUUAGAGGAGUAGAUAUAUUGUUAACUUCACAAUGGCCUUCAAACAUUAUAAGUGAUGAAACAAAAAAUAUAACACUUCCUGUAAAUAUGACCAGUGAUUUUCCAAGUUAUUUGUGUAUGAAACUUAAACCUCGCUAUAUAAUUAGCGGUCUUGAAGGAAUAUACUAUGAAAGGCCACCUUUCAGAUGUCCUAAUUUGGGUGAUAAUGACACAACAAUGGAAUUAGCAACAAGAUUUAUUGGUCUGGCAAGAGUUGGAAAUCCAGAUAAACUUAAAUGGAUAUAUGCAUUAAGUAUAACACCAUUAGAUAAGAUAAAAGUUAGUGAAUUAUUACAAAAAACAACAGAUGAAAGUUUUUGUCCAUUUAAUUUAAGUGAAUUGGAAAAUAAGAUUUUCAAAGUUUCAAGAAAAAAUAAACAAUGUGCACAAUAUUUCUAUGAUAUGGAUGCACCAAUAGAUAUACAGAACACAAAAAAACAUAAAAAACCACGAGUGGAAUUUGAUCAAAGUAAAUGUUGGUUUUGCUUAGCAAGUCCAUCAGUAGAAAAACAUCUUAUUAUAUGUGUUGGAAAUUCAACUUACUUGGCACUUGCUAAAGGUGGUAUGGUUGAAGAACACUUUCUUAUUUGCCCCAUAGAACAUCACCAAUCUAGUUUAACAUUACAAGCAGACGUUUUAGAUGAAUUAAAAAAAUUUAAAAAUAGUAUUAGAAAGUUUUAUAACAGAGUUGGAAAGCUUGCCAUUUUCUUUGAAAGAAAUUAUAAAACUUCACACAUGCAACUGCAAGCAAUACCAAUCACUAAAAAUGCGAAUAAGGAAUUGAAAGAAAUUUUUAUAGAAGAGUCAGAUGCUCAAGGAUUUAAAUUAGAAUCACUGGAAUCUUUUAAUCGUCUAGAUCAAGUCAUACCUCCCAAGAUUCCAUAUUUUACAAUUGAAUUAACAGAUGGUACCUUGUUAUAUACAAAACUGCAAGGAGUCCAUAAUUUUCCAAUUAAUUUUGCUAGAGAAGUACUAGCUUCUGGUCCUGUACUUAAUAUGAAGGAUAGAGAAGAUUGGAAAAAUUGUAUUUUGGAAAAAAGUGAAGAAGAAAAGUUGGUGCAACGAUUAAGGACAGAAUUUCAACCUUAUGACUUUACAAAUGACUAAUUUUAUUUUAACUAGAAAUUAAAAUUUAAACUUUGUUAAGGCAAAACUUCAAAUAAAAACAUUUUUUUCUUUAA